AUGGCCUUUCUACAUCCAAGAGUGAUGUCCGUGGACUCAGAUGGCGACAAAAAUGGGCUUCAUGUAAAUGGCCAGGACAGUCUCGUACAACCCCUCCUCACCGAUUUCUAUCAAAUAUCCAUGACAUACAGCUAUUGGAAAUCGAAGAUUCAGGAUGAACCGGCUGUCUUUGAUCUGUUCUUUAGAAAGAACCCUUUUCACGGUGAAUUCACGAUAUUCGCCGGUCUCGAGGAUUGCCUUCGAUUUGUUGAGAGUUUCCGAUUCUCCGAAUCAGACAUCUCGUACAUCCGUACCCUUCUGCCCCAUGCCGAGCCAUCAUUCUUCGACUAUUUGGAGGCAUUGGACUGUUCUUCCCUGACAAUCCAUGCUGUGAAAGAGGGAUCUCUCGUCUUCCCAAAGAUUCCUCUUCUAUCAGUCUCUGGUCCAUUGGCUAUUUGUCAGUUAUUAGAGACUACUCUACUCAAUCUUGUCAAUUAUUCUUCACUUGUUGCCACCAAUGCCGCCCGGUUCCGAUUGGCAGCCGGUCCAAAGAUCAACCUGCUCGAAUUCGGCCUCCGUCGUGCCCAAGGGCCAAAUGGUGGCUUGGCUGCUUCGAAGUAUUGCUAUAUUGGAGGAUUUGACGGGACCUCAAAUGUUUUGGCGGGGAAAUUGUUCGGAAUUCCGGUGAAAGGGACGCAAGCACAUUCUUUCAUCUCGGCGUUCUCGCAGGCCUCCGAUCUUCGAGUCCGGGAAUUGACCGCGAAAAAUGGGGAUACGGUGGAUUUGUAUGAAUUGGCCGUCAAGAAGAGGGACAUUAUCAUGGAAAAGCUGUCGUGGGGUGUCUCGGGAAGUGAAUUAAGUGAAGGAGAGCUGUGUGCAUUUGUGGCUUAUGCCAUCUCAUUUCCACAAUCAUUCCUCGCCCUCAUCGAUACUUAUGAUGUGUUGAGGUCAGGCGUGGUGAAUUUCGUGGCGGUAUGUAUGGCAUUGAAUGAAUGUGGAUAUACCCCAAUUGGAUGUCGAAUUGAUUCUGGAGAUUUGUCAUAUCUAUCAAAGGAAGUUAGACAACGACUUAAGGCUGUCGCUGCACUUGACGAAUCAACGCUCUCCUUCCUCUCCACCAUGACUAUCGUGGCUUCAAAUGAUAUCAACGAAGAGACAAUUCUCUCUCUAAAUGAACAAAAACAUGAAAUAGAUUCAUUUGGAGUGGGGACACAUCUUGUUACUUGUCAGAAACAACCCGCAUUGGGGUGUGUUUAUAAGUUGGUAACUGUGGGAAAUGCGGCGAAGAUCAAGCUAUCACAGGAAGUCGCCAAAAUAUCGAUUCCUGGCCGGAAAAUGGCUUAUAGGGUAUACGGUAAGGCCGGGUACGCGAUCCUGGAUAUCCUCCAGCUGUUCGAUGAAGCCGCACCGGAAGUCAACAAACAAAUGCAAUGCAGGCAUCCUUUUGAAGAAAGCAAACGAGCGAUGGUACUUCCGUCUCGUGUCGAACCUCUUCACCACGUCUUUUGGGCUGAUGGGAAAAUACAGCAAAAGUUGCCUACAUUGCAGCUGGUUAAGGAGCAUGUUCAAAAGGAGUUGGAACAUCUAAGGAAUGAUCACAAGAGACAGCUCAAUCCCACACCAUAUAAGGUCUCUGUCUCGGAGCGUCUGUACAUCUUCCUCCACGACAUCUGGCUCAAAAAUGCCCCCAUUGGACAGCUUGAU